AUGGAUAUUCUUGAUAACGGAUCUACUGCAGGACGCCCUUUAAAACCAGAUUCACGAUGUUCUAUUUGUUUUGAUGAUGUAGCCAAUAAAUGUAAUACAAACGCAUGUUUACAUUUGUUCUGCUUUGAAUGUUUAAAACGAUGGUCAGAUUCUGAACCAACUUGUCCAUUAUGUAAGAAAACAUUUAAUCAUAUUUAUCAUUCAUUUGGUGAUCAGGGUGUCCAUGAGACAUACACUGUUCCUAUAAUGGACAGACUACCAUGUCCAACUCCAACAAGUCCUAGAAGUCCAAGUCCAGAUAACGUACAACCAUUUAGUGAAAUGCCAAAUGGUAACAGAAUGUUCAGUAGUACGAAUUCCAUUGAGAUUAUUAACCGUGAACACGAGAGAAUGAUGAGUACUUUGUGGAGUAUAUACGAUCUGGACGAAGUGGACAAUAAUUAUGAUCAAUUGUAUCAUCAUCCAUCUCAGAACUUUCCACCUCUUACUUCACAAAGACAAAUCAUUGGUCAAGCAAUCAGAAUGGAAGUGUAUAUUGAUAAUCUGUGGGCUGAACCGUUACCUGAUACAACUGGCCGGUUUAGACAUUGUAGCCCAGCUUUCUAUAGAGAUAAUCCAACACAAAUGUACAGAUUGCAUAAAUUCAUUCUAAGAGAUGUCGUUGCCAUAAGACAAUUAUUAAGAUUAGAGGAAGAGGGUCAGUCCUUGCCUUUCCCGGAGAGUACUGAUAUUAAAGUGACAAUUAUGAUAAUGCGAUUACUAGUGGCUUUUGGAAUAAGAGAGUUACACUUGUUUAACAACUUAAGGCCUUUUUUGGAUCCACAUGCACUACAAUUUUUCCAUGAAUUAUACAAUUUCGCUAUUAGUCCCUAUGAUAUAAGUGUCUAUGAUCAAAAUGUUCAAUAUACUUAUCGGACGCAUGUUAGUGAUUUGACUGCUCCAAUUUAUCAGGAACCAUCACCACCAAUCAAUGUUGUUGGUGAAACCGCUGCACUUGAGUUAGAUAAUGUAGAAGUUAGAGUUAAUACUGAUGCCUCUGAUGAUGAAAUUCUAAGUCACUACUUCCGCUCUAUCAAUCUACUCAAUUCUGCCUCUAUAGACCAACCAUCUACAUCUUCUGGAAAUCGGGGUUCAUUAGAUCGACCAAUCAACAGGUAUUAUUUAAGGGGACGAAGAACAUCUAGUUCUGAAUCUGAAUAUGGUAGUUUACCUCGAAUAUCAUUUCAACCUCAAGUAAGAAGAGGGAGUCCUAAUUGAUCAGAUGAUGAAACUACAAUAAUUGCUACUCAAGUAUCUCAAAAAGCUCGUAUAAAAACUCAAGAUAUUAAUAACAAAAUGAAAAAAAAACAAAAAUAA